AUGGCGCAUGCUGCACAGAUAGAAAGCCUCACAGGCGACCUUGUUGAGGCGCUGACCCAGUCAAAGUCCCAGACUGGCAAGAGCUUUCUUCGCACGCGCGAUGCUGCUGUUCGGACAUGGAAGACUCACAGAUUUCUACGGACGAAUCACUUUGAAGUAGAAAGGUCUCUGGCUGGUCUCGAGGAGAGAUUUCGCGUCAACAGCAGAGAUGCCCUCGCGGACGAGCUCAAGGCGCGUCUCGACCCGUUGCGAGAUCUGAAUUUCAAGUGGUAUCCAGAGACUCUGCACUUGUUAUUAGAACUGUCAGACCAGCCUACUUUCAAUACCAAGCUGGGAGAUAUUGCACGCGUUUGCGCGGCCGACGACGGCGGCCUCAAACUACGAUGGGAAGACAUCGCCCAGGAAGACGGCUGGGCGCAAGAUGCGGACAUGUGGGACUCCAUCAACUAUAGCGACGAAUCUGGAGAUGAAGUCUUUGAGGGUGGUCCUGGCGAUGAGUCGGACAACAGCUCCAACUUUGGUGGCGAUGCUCCUCCCGGCAGAACAGCACAGGACCUCAUUAUUCAGCCACAAGACAAUGAUGCCUUGAAAGCAGUGCUGAAGCAGCAGGAGUGGAAACAAGAAGAGCCGACGGUGGAUCCGAAUGGAAGGGUUCGCAAAAUCGGUCUCUCGGAAACGCAGGCUCUUCGUGAGGUGCUCUUCAUGCUCCACGGCCUACCGACCACAUUAUUCGACGCCAAUGGCGCGCCGGAUCCUGUCUUCCAAAUUUCCAACAUAGCGUGGCAGACUCACAAGUCUCUUUUGACGACGUUUUCAGAAGCUGGAGGUUAUGUCAGCAUCUUGCGACGCUUUGCGGCCCAACGCGAAAAGGAGCCGCAGCUCCAGGCGCUGCAAGACUGCGUCGCGAAGCGCGUCGCUGUUUUGGACAGCCACCUCGUGCACAUCCAGGAGCGGCUCGCUCGCCCUGCCGAUCAAGUCGUCAUCAGUCUGAUUGCGGCGAGAGAGGAGCUGACGCCUUUUCUAGAGCCGCUGUUCAAGCUGUCUGGGCUGAUCCUCAAGGUGCAGCAGAACCCCAUGUCGGACAACUUUCGCUACCUCGAGCUGCUAUUUGACGAGUCGAGCAUGGCGCAGCUGACCGGGAACCAGCAGCUGUACGAGUUCCUGGCACGCAUCUUUCUGGAGUGCUUCGCCGUCUAUCUGCGUGAGAUUCGGAGCUGGGUCGAAGAAGGCAGGCUGCUCCCCAGCGACGAGGCCUUUUUCAUCUACCACGGCGCGGAAGACGUGCCGCUUGGUGGCAUCUGGCAGCACCGGUUCAAACUGCGCCGGACAGACGACGGACAGCUUCUCGCGCCGGCUUUUGUGCACCCCGCCGCCGAUAAAAUCUACACGACGGGCAAGAGCAUCGUCAUUCUGCGCCUACUCGGCCGUCUCGAGAAGGUCGAAGACUGCCUGCGCAGCGAACAGGCGCAGAUUCUCACCUACGAGUCCAUCUGCCCGCCCGGCUUCGAAUCCGCACCUUUCCCGGACCUCUUCAACAUGGCCCUCGGCCAGUGGAUCGACCGCAAGUACGCGGCCGUGUCGUCGGCCCUCCAGACGGCCCUCUUUGACGACUGCAGCUUCGAGCCCGCGCUACGCGCCCUGCACAGCGUCUACCUCAUGUCCGACGGCGCGGCCGCCUCGUCGUUUUGCGAGCGCCUCUUUGCCAAGCUCGACGCCAAGGAUCCCAUCUGGCAGAACCGCCGCGCCCUGACAGCCUCGGCGCAGGAAGCUUUUUCGUCCGGCGGCGUGGUGGAGCCGAGCCGGUUGUCCGUACACGUCCUCGACGACGGGCGGCGCCAUGUGUCGGCCACGGAAGCGCGCGGCUCCGUCGCGACCGCGCUGCCGCUGAUCCAGGUCGCGUACCGCCCGGCAUGGCCCGUGCAGAUGAUCCUCGACGCCGACAGCACGGCGCGCUACCAGGCCGUGUUUACGCUCCUGCUGCAGACCAAGCGCGCCGCGCACGCCCUGCGCGCCGCCCGCCUCCUCGCCGACCUGCGCACCGAAGACGCGGCCGACGACGCGGAGCUGGACGCGCGCGGCCUCUUCUACGCCGCCCGCAGUAGCCUCGUCUGGUUCGUCGACACGCUGCAGACAUACCUUGUCACGGUGGUGCUCAUCCCGCAGACGGCGCGCAUGCAGCGCGAGCUGCGCGCCGCCGCCGACGUUGACGCCAUGAUGGCUGCGCAUGCCCGCUGCGCCCGGCACAUGACGGACCAGCUGUGCCUCGGCGCCAAGCUGGAGCCACUGCGGGACGCCAUCCUCGAGGUGCUGGACCUGGCCCUCCAGCUAGAGUCUGCGCGGGCCAAGAAUGCUGGCGCGGGGACGGACCGGGAUGGGGACGAGGGCAUGAGUGGCGGUAGCGAGGCGUACGUGGUUGUGCUGAGGCAGAUCCAGACAGACUUUACGCGGCUGCUGCGGUUUAUAUGCGGCGGGCUGCGAAGCGUGGCCAGGGCCGUGAGUGGCGAGGAUGCCAUGCGGUGGGAUGUGCUGGCGGAUAUGCUGCAGCCGGGGCACGGCGAGGAUAUGUAG